UUGGAGGAAGAUUGACAAGGUGGGGGAGAAAGAAACGAAGAAAGUAGAUAGAAGAAGGAAGUAGGAGGACGAGGAGGGUGCAGCAGAGAUUCAGUCACCAUAUCCCCACUUUGAUUUCUUGCUCUUAUUAUUAUUCUUCUUCUUCCCCCUCUGUCUUUCUAGCUCUGGUGUUUUUUGGUGGUCUUUGGUUGUGGAGGGAUUUGUGGAGAGAGAGAGAUGGGUCGUGGUAAGAUAGAGAUAAAGAGGAUAGAGAACACGACGAAUAGGCAGGUGACGUUCUCGAAGAGGAGGGCGGGGAUCAUCAAGAAGGCGAAGGAGCUGACCGUCCUCUGCGACGCUCAUGUCUCCCUCAUCCUCUUUUCCAGCACUCAGAAGCUUUUUGAGUACUGUAGCCCUACCACCACGAUGAAGAAAAUGAUCGAUCGGUAUCAGCAAGUAACUGGAACCAAUUUGUGGGACUCCCAUUAUGAGAGUAUGCAAAAGGAAUUUAACAAACUCAAGGAGAAAAACGAAAGGCUCCGCAAGAGCAUCAGACAAAGGAUUGGGGAAGAUCUUGAUGAAUUAAACCAUUCUGAGCUGUGCGGUCUUGAGCAAAAUCUCAGCGAAGCACUUAAGAAAAUCAGAUUAACACUUGAGAACAAAAUCAAAAGACAAAUUGAUACUUCUAGGAAAAAGAUAAGGUUAGCCGAUGACCCUAGAAACAAAGGUUUCAGGGAGUUACAAGAAGAAAUCAACUGUAGUUUUGAUGGAAGUGAAGAUAAUUAUGAAUCAAUGAUGGUUAUAAGAAAUAGUGAUGCACAGCCAUGCCCAGUACGCGUGCAACACAGCCAUCCAAAUCUACACGAAAGAGGAUAUGGAUGCCAUGAUUUAAGUCUAGGAUGAAUGUUUUGGUUGUUGUCUUAGUAAGGUCGAGUAUGCAGACUCUUUUUAAUUAGAAUUAGGUUAGGUGUUUCCUUUGUUUUCACUGGCACAGUGUGUGCCUUGCUGAUAUAUGGACAAUCUAAAGUAUGAAAUGCAGUUCUUGAUUUUGA